GCACGGAUGCGGAUCAUUUCAGUUCAUUUUUGUUCGUUUUGCAUUGGACAAUGAGUGUGCACACUGUAUUUGCGUACGUUAGUGGUUCUUGAGUGUUUUGACGGUUUUGACAGAUAAAAUAUUUAUCACUUUCGAUUUUUCUAGAAUAACGAUUUUACCUGUUAUUGUCAUAAACCCCAGUUAUUCUACCUGGAGCACCAACAAUGGCGCAACGUCCGGUCGAUCACCGCAGAAAAUGGAAUCGCGAAGAUUACGAAAGGAUCGCCUUGCAGCGACUCCAAGAAGAAAUUGCAGAAGAGGAUCUUGGAAUUCCGAAACAGCCAGCCGUAAAGCGUGAACUUUUGAAACAACGAGAUUAUAAAGUCGAUCUGGAAUCGAAAUUGGGAAAAAGUGUUGUCAUUAAUAAGUCGACACCUUCCUCACAGACUGGCGGAUAUUAUUGCAAUGUCUGCGACUGUGUCGUCAAAGAUUCCAUUAAUUUUUUGGAUCACAUCAAUGGAACGAAACACCAGAGAAAUCUGGGAAUGUCGAUGAAGAUCGAAAGAUCGAAUGUCGAACAGGUGCGAGCGAGGUUCGCAAUUAAUAAAAGAAAAUUAGAAGAAAAGAAAAAAGACUAUGACCUAGAGCAAAGGGUUAAAGAACUAAAAGAAGAGGAGGAGAAGGUCAAAGAAUAUAGGAAAGAGAAGAGAAAAGACAAGAAAAGGAUACUCGACGAGGAGGAGGAUGAGGACGCAGGGCCUUCCGACGAAAUGGCGGCCGUAAUGGGUUUCAGUGGUUUUGGCUCAAAAAAGAAACGAUAAUUAAGAAGAAAAAUCUAUAUUAACUCAUAAGUAUAUCAUUUCUUUCAAUCAGUUUUUCAACCGAGAUUUGCACUUUUUAGGAAACUUAAUUUCCUACAUAGAUAAAUAAAAUUCUCUUAUUAUUA